CCUACCCGGAGACUUCCGGCGCGGCGCUUCCGGACAGAUACUGUUUACGCUGUGUCCGAUUUGGACAGCGUUGGAGUCGAGGCGCGUGUGUCCACGGCUGAGCGAGCGGCGGAGUCGCGCCCAUGGCGUCCCGCGGAGCUCGCAGGCGGACAUUGUGCGCGGGCCUGGCCCUCGGCGGCGCCGCGCUGCUCCUACUCCUCCUCCCGGCGGCCGCGGCGCAGGAGCCGCCCAGGGCGGCCUGUUCUCAGAACACCAACAGAACCUGUGAAGAGUGCCUGAGAAAUGUCUCUUGUUUGUGGUGCAACACUGACAAGAUGUGCUUGGACUACCCAGUGACAAAAAUCCUACCGCCUGCUUCUCUCUGCAAGCUGAGUUCUGCGCGCUGGGGCGUCUGCUGGGUGAACUUCCAGGCACUGAUCAUCACCAUGUCGGUGGUCGGGGGGUCCCUGCUUCUGGGCUUGGCCGCCUGCUGCUGCUGGUGCGGGAGGAGGAGGAGGAGCCGCCGUAAGCCUGACCCCAGCGAGGAGAAGGUGGAGCGAGAGCGCGAGGACCGGAGGCUGCGGCAGGAGGAGAGGAGAGCAGAAAUGAAGUCAAGACAUGACGAAAUCAGAAAAAAAUAUGGUUUGUUUAAGGAAGAAAACCCAUAUGCUCGAUUUGAAAACAACUAAAUGCGGCUCCGACAGCUGCUGCUUGGCUCAGGCCUCCGGGCCUCCGGGCCUCGGCGCGCUGUUGGAGCACUGAGAGCAGUCUGUCCCCGUCCUCUCCGCUUCUGUAUUUCUUCUCCUGAGAUGGCAGCCCGUCUGGGUUUGUUUCUUGGUAAUUCGAGGAGGGAAUGUACAUGUUCCAUGACUACCAAGUCUCUAAGCUACGGGCAAGCCCCACAGCCUGGCCACGCGGGUACCGGGCGGGUUCCCUCUCGGUCUCGUCGCAGCAGUGCUUUGUUUUCAUUGCCACCGGUCCCUGUUGCUUUAAACUAGAAAAACAUAGGUUUGGGAAAGUGGGUCAGCAGACACGUAAAAGGAGCAGCGUGCCCACCUCCAUGCUUGCACUGUGGGCUCCCAGCAUGGGUGGGGCUCUCGGGCAGACUGGUAUGAUCCAGACAACUUGACAUACUUACUGAUUACUCUUUAAAUUCUGUAUGUGAAUUGACAUUUCUAUCCUGAAAUUUUCAGACUGAGAAUCUAACCUUUGACAGAUUUUCUGGUUUUAUUUCUCUGACUUGGGCAUUUCAUAGCAAUUCAAAGUAUUAUACAGCAUUCCUAAGCAUUUUAUAGCAGCCUGCAAGUUUUGACUUCCACUGUUGAUGUAUAAAGGACACUUUGUAACGGACUUGAAUGAACUUCGCAGCAGUGCAGUAGUUCUGUGGAAGGCCACUUUGCUGCUUGAAUUGAGGUUGCCGAGCUGAAAGAGGCAGGGGUUGUUUGGGGAGGUGUAUCUAAUCCUUCACCCAGUGGGACCCUCCUGGGGCCGCUGCAAGGCCUUCCUGGUCCAAGGCCAUUUGGACAGGUGGAACUUGUGACCUCGAGGAAACCAAGUGCUCAGAGUGCCUUAAUUUUAACCAGUUCUCAAUAAAUGGUUGAAUACA